CAGUUGUUGAAGGCUACGCACAGAGCUUCAAAGUAAAUUGUCAACCUAGAACUCAGUGCUUUUACAAACACUCCAUACACUUGUGUAGCCAAAAUGCAUGGUUCCAUGCAAACGGACAGCAAAUUACAUAACCCAAAAAUCUGGUUUACCCAUCUGGCACAACUUACAGACUUGAGUAAUAAAUAGAGAAAUAAAGUUCUCAUCUGUGUAACACAUAUCUGAAUGAAAUGGAUACACCUUAAAUGCAUCCAAUUUAUAUCACCUAAGCCUAAACGCAUGUACACAAACCUGCAUUGCUUCAUUCCUUGCAAUUUGAGAUGGAUCCUUCUUUCUUCAAGCCCCUUGUAGGAGACUUCUCUCGAAAACUGCUCAUACCUCCGGCUUUUGUUGAGAGGAUGGAAGGGAAAUUAGGUUCCGAAUUGGCACUUAAAUAUGAAUGCGAAAGGGUGUACACUGUCCAGGUUGAGAAAUUAGAAGAGGGGCGCUUCUUCUUUGUAAAUGGCUGGCCUCAAUUUGUUGCUGAUCAUGGACUAGAUUAUGGUGAUUUUGUUGUUUUUAGGCUCGUUCAGGACUCAACCUUCCAAGUCACGGUAUAUGAUCCAAGCAUGUGUGAAAAGGAUUGUUGCGAUUCACAUAGAAACAAGAAUGGUGAUCGAACUGCAGGGAAAGUAAUCAAAGAGGAAGCAAGAACCAGCUUAGAUCAAAAUACCAGUUCUCGAGUGGAUCUUACAGAGGAUGACGAAGAAACUGAUGCAAAGAUGGAGAUCGAUGAUGAACCAAAAGAGGCCACUUCAAAUGAUGAUGCUCCAUCAUUUCGACUUCUUUUAACCGAAGCCAACAAAAUUUGGAUACCUCUCCCACUAUUGUUCGUGAGAGAGAGUGGGCUAGCAGACAAGGAACAGAUCAAGCUGAGAGAUCCAGACGGUAAAAAGUGGCUGGUAAAAGUAAUAAAUGAAGGUAAGAAAGCAGCAUUGACAGUUGGAUGGACUCGUCUCUUUGUGGCACACAGACUCAAAAGGGGGGACACCUGUAUUUUCACAUAUGUGAGAAGAGAAGGUAGCAGUGGUAUUAUUCAAGUUGAUAUGAAAAGAGGGAGAGGAAGGCCUCCCAAAAAAGAAUCUAGCUAGUGUCUAGUGUUACCAAGUUCACAAAAUCCUAUAUAUCUUGCUCUGCUACCAGUAUUAUGUAUGACCAGUGACUGACUGGCCUGGGAUUUGACACAAGGCUGCUUAAUGUUGUUUUCAAAAGGAAAUUAUUCUAGUGCAAGCUAUCUAGCUCAACAUUAUUCCAAGUCGUUUAUUAUUAGGUGAUCGAUUCUCUCAAAAUCUCGAGGUGCAUCGAACUCGUCCGUCUGAUACCACCAUGUUAAGUGUUCAAUUUUUUUAAAAUCUCCGGGUAUCAGGAAGAGGGCUUAUAUGACAUGUUUUGUAGUAUUGUAUUGGCAAGGCCUUGAUAACAAUUUACUCCCACCGUCUUUUGCAACAGACAGCCUAUGUCUAUCACUCUGUCCCUGUAAAUGACAAACAAA